GCGUCUCUUUUCAUUUUCUAUCAGAAGCAGCAGCAGCAGCAGCAGCAGCUGUCCUAAGCUUCCAGGUAAAGAAGAGAGAAUAAAUAAAACAUGGUUUCAGGGUCAGGGAUCUGCGCCAAGAAGGUGGUGGUGGAUGCAAGGCACCACAUGCUAGGAAGGCUUGCCUCCAUAUUGGCCAAGGAGUUGCUGAAUGGGCAAAAAGUUGUGGUGGUGAGAUGCGAAGAGAUAUGCAUGUCGGGUGGAUUGGUGAGGCAGAAGAUGAAGUACAUGAGGUUCUUGAGGAAGCGUAUGAACACUAAGCCUUCUCAUGGCCCCAUCCACUUUCGUGCUCCUGCUAAGAUCCUCUGGCGUACCAUUCGUGGGAUGAUUCCUCACAAGACUAAGCGUGGUGCAGCAGCUCUUGCUCGAUUGAAGGCUUAUGAGGGAAUUCCAGCUCCUUACGAUAAGAUGAAGAGGAUGGUGAUUCCUGAUGCUCUCAAGGUUUUGAGGCUUCAGAAAGGACAUAAGUACUGCUUGCUGGGCAAGCUCUCAUCUGAGGUUGGAUGGAACCACUAUGACACUAUCAAGGAGCUUGAGAGGAAGAGGAAGGAGAGAGCUCAAGUGGCAUAUGAGAGAAGGAAGCAACUCAAUAAGCUUAGGGUUAAAGCUGAGAAGGCUGCUGAGGAGAAGCUUGGUGCCCAGUUGGCUGUUAUUGCUCCCAUCAAAUAUUGAUCAUAGACAAAGUUGAAAACAUUCUGGUUAAGUUUAAUGCAUUUUGAUAGUGUCUUUUGAGUGGCUCAUAAUUUUAUUUUCGUAAUCUUUUCAAGUAGAUGUUAAGCGAUAUGUAUUUGUACGGUACUCGGUUUUUUUCUUCUCGAAAUUUGCUUGAGAAACAUUUCCUUUGGCUAUUUAGUGGACACCCAUUUCUGGUUGGUCA